AUGUCCAACCAGAAUCGUCUUUGCCGGAGGGUGAGGCUAUUUCGCUUCAUGUUGAACCUGGUGAACCUCGCGAACACCUUUCAAUCUUAUCCGAACAGCAAGUCCAGAUCAUUGACGAAGCACCCCUCUCCUCGUUUCAUAUCAAGGAACUGGUUGAGCAACAUCCGGGUAAUGUUGAUGCUAUCGUUGCGAAGAGAUUCCUACCGGAUUGCCGACCUCCGUGCACAGAUUGCUGUCCUGAGAUGUGAUGACUUGGCAAGCGCAUGCCAAGCAGCUUUGGCGCCGCAGCCGGACAACCAAGAGGUGGACAAUGAGACGAUUCGUGUGUGGUCGCGAAUAUCUUCACACAACCUAGAGUGGUUUCACACAUCCCUCUGUACAUGGCUUCGAACGCCGGGUGCAGCGGAUUCCGACGAGAACAUCGAAGUACUCCACUGGUUGCUGGAUUACCUGGAAUUUUUUUCAAAUGAUAUGGACCCUGUGGAGAUAGAUGAGUUUUUCCGCAUGGAGAUAGAUGAGUUUUUCCGCAUGGCCGCACGGAUGAACCCGCCGCUGGUUUUGAACCCCCCUUGGUCUACUGUCAGAGGCCACCACUCGCAAAACUGCCGUCCUCUCGAGCUGUUUUGCGCCAUUCCGAAGCCAGGGACAGUGGGCAGAUCUGGACGCUGCCAGCUCAGAGAUGAGGGGCUUGAAGAGCUAUGGACGAGAUUGUGCAAGCUGCUGUCAGUCAACGGCAUUAGUUUGAGUUCUGUGUACCUGCUACAUGGUUAG